AUGGACGAGAAGGAAAACGUGGUUUCAAGUCCAGAAGAAAAAAUAACCUCUUCACCUUUGACAAUUUUACCUGAGGUUAAAACUAUUUCUGGUACUAAUACCAACAACUUGCUUUCACCUCAAUUUGCCUCUCUUCGUUUAAAACCCGCUCAGAGUACAGAUUCUCUUACACACCAUCCAUUAUUAAACAAUGACGAUGAAGAAAGUGAUAUGGUUUCUUCAACCUGGUCAAGUCAACGCAUACCAGGUGGCUCAGUAGGUGGAUUAAUGCUCGUAAAACUCCGUGAAAUGAAUGUGGGCUUUUCGGAUAUUGUGCAAAUGUUGAUUGCAAAAAAGGUUGGAGACUGCAUGUCUUUUGGCUUUUGGUGGAAAGCCUUCACCUGUUGUGGUAUCACAGCGACACUUUUUCUUCCUGCGUCUUCGGUUAUGCCUUUCGAAAAUGUUGACCGAACUUACCUCGAAGAUCAUGUCAUUUUUUCUCAAUCAACUGAAGAUGGUAUCAAAGUGGUAACUUUAAAUGGAGUAAGAGGUUUUAUACAUCAGGAUAUCUUCAAAGCUAUUGGUUUAAUGCCUACGGAACAAGAAUUUGACAUAGACAAUCCCAAGAGUCGCAAAUCCAUAUUUGAUACUUUUUCCAAGCCUGCUGAUCUUUCUUAUGACUAUCCAACGAUUAAAAUUCUAAAUAAAAAUGCUGACAUUCUUUUACAUGGUAUGCCCAUUCAAACCAUGGUAAUAGAGUCACCUGUAAGAACAAAAGAAAUUUCGGAGCGUAUUUCUACGCGCACAGAGAUGGAGAAAAAGGUCGAAGGAUCAUAUUUACCAGAAGCAUUGUUAAAAGAAAUUGAAAAUUUUAUUAGAGAUUUUAUGAAAGAUCCCCCCAAAAACGAAGAUGCUUCGUUUGAACAAAUCCAAGGAUUGUUUGAUCAUGUGCGUUGCGAAAUCGAAUGUCAAGUCGUAGAACUUACCGAAGACAGUGAAAAUGGUAUAGAUGAAACAAUGAAUAUUGUCGAAAAUUAUGUUUGUACGGCGCUUUACGAUAAUAUUUUCAGUCCAAAAUGGUCAAAUGAUAUUGCCGAUGAUGAAGCGCUUGGAUCAAAAAUUGCUGCAUUGAAUCUUUUAGAAUUAGGACUAUCAAAUCUCGGAGUUGAUAUAAAGUCUCAGCAACAACAAGAAUUUAUUGAUCUGGCUAUACAGGUAGCAGGUGCAGAAUUGCAAAGCUUAGAACAAAAAAAGGCACCAUAUGAGAAGCUUAAUAGCCUCAUCCAUUGCCACGGGAUUGUAGUGGAAGCACUUGAGAAAAAAAUACGACAACCUCCGAGCUUUAAUAAUAUUGAUCGUGAAAGCCAUAAGUCGGCGAUUAAUCAAAAUUCAUAUGUUGUAUCAUCAAAUGACAUAUCACCUGCUUUUAUUCCAUUACCUCCAUCGCCUACGUUACCUAAAUCAACUAUUGUGCCUAUAACUCCGAUUUCGCCAAAAUUACCUAUGACACCGAUUUUGCCAACUUCACCAACUGAUGAAAAACACAGCUCGGAUGACCCUAAUGCAGACGCGAUAUUACCAUUAUUAAUUUUUAUUGUGGUUAAAUCAAAUCCAAAAAAAUUAAUUUCAAACUUGAGGUUCAUGAGAAGAUAUCGUGUACAUAAUUUGUUGUGUGGAGAAGCAGCUUAUUGUCUUACCAAUAUUGAAGCUGCUGUGUUAUAUUUAGUAAAUGAAGAUUUUUCGGCUUUAGGACUGUCACCAGAUAAAGCUUUAAGCAAUACGAAUCCUGAUCAAAGAGUUACUCGCAGAGUAGGACAAGACAUUGUUGACGUUGCUGACAGCGGCUUUAAAGUUAUUACAGGUGUUAUGGACAGUUCAGUUAAAAUGUUUGGAAGGCUUAUCGGUUAUGAAAAUACUUCCAUUGGAACGAAUCCUUCAUUAAUCGCGGGAAAAACUAAAGAAAUUCCAACUAUGUCAGAAAAAACCGAUGUAAAUGAUAAUAAAAUGAAUACUGAUAUAUCUGAAGAGGGACCAUUGAAAGAACUUGCAGAAAUAUACACAGUGAAGAAUAACAUACGUAGCGAAGAAACUUCAUCUAUUAUUAGCAACCAAAAUAAAAAUAUUCAGUUAGAUGAAAACAAAUCAUUAACGGGUCGAUUACUUCCUUUUAACGUAUUGCCACGUUUCAACAGUGAUCGCAAUCAUAUAGAGGAGGAAAAUAAAAGAUCAGUGGUGAAUGAACCUAUAAAUAAGAUAUCUCCUCCUAUUCAAAAAUUUUUAGAUUGUUCAAUUGAAGAAUUUCGCGUUAAUGAUGUACCAGAACUCUUGGAAGAUUAUAAAAGGUUGGCAAAUGCUGUUCGUGAUCUCGGAUUUUUCUCUUAG